UUGAUCCACUUUUAAACUUAGGCAAACAUGCCAUAAAAUGAAGAAUAUAUGAACUGCUACAGGUUUCAAGUAUAUUCUCUCAUCUUGAUUACAAUUUCUCUUUGAUCUGCAUUUGCUUCCUUUCAAUUCCCAUAACAAAUUUCAAUAGGGAUUCCUUCUAAGCACAAAUGGCGGAAUUGCUCGGAGGGGCAGCUUUUGAUCUUCUAAUGAAAGCUGUUUCAGACGUAGCCUUGACAGUAGCCAGUUUCAGGUCUGAACUCAACCACUUAAAAGAAACUCUGACUUCAAUCAAGCCAUUUGUCGAGGACAUAGAGAAGCUGAACAGAGUGCUAAACUACCGACAAGAAGGAGCAGAGACGCUCAAUAAUCGGUUUGAACAAGGCGAAGAGCUCGUUCGGGAGUGCUUGAAAAUCAAGCGGUGGAAUCCAAUCCAGAAGUAUUUGUACGCGAAGAAACUGAAAGAAUUUGAAAGCUCGUUGUUGUGGUAUUUUCAGAUAAAUGUACAGGCUGAGUUGGCCAGAGAUGGCAAAAAUAUUUCUGUUGGAGUAAAUGUUCUUCAGGAGAAAAUGGAUAAAGUAAUUUCUAUUCAAAAUAAUGAUAGUGGGUUUUCAGGUUGGUGUGGUGUUCCGGGAGUUCCGGAUUUUGUGGUUGGAUUAGACAUGCAACUUCAGGAACUGAAGGCGAUGCUUCUAAAUGAUGAGGUGCCAAUUGUUGUGCUUUCGGCUCCUGAUGGCUACGGCAAGACUACACUGGCGAAAUUGCUCUGUAAUGAUGAUGAAAUUAGAGGUAUAUAUGGGAAUAAUAUCUUCUUUCAGACAGUCUCAAAAUCAGCUAACCUCCAGCUAAUGGUUCAAAAAGUAAUUCAGAGUAACAAAAACCAGAAGGCGCCUGUCUUUCAAAGCGAUGAAGAUGCAAUAUACCAAUUAGAACAGUUUUUCCAACAGCACAUAGGACCAGCUCCUAUACUAUUAGUCCUAGACGAUAUGUGGUCAGGAUCUGAGUCACUCAUUGAUGAAUUCCUUCUUCCAAUACGUGGAUAUAAAAUCUUGGUUACAUCGAGAUUUGAGUUUCCACAAUUUGAAUGGACUUAUCAAUUGAAUAUGCUGAAUCAUCAAGAUGCAAUGACUCUAUUUCAACAUUAUGCCUUUAAAGAUGGGAUCUGCACUGUGCAAAAACGUCUUGUAGAAGAGGUGGUCAGAGGUUGCUCAGGAUCUCCACUAGCCCUUACAGUUGUAGGCAAGUCACUCUAUAGGCAGCCUGAGGUGAAGUGGAUUAGUACAGCUCAAAAUUGGUCCCAAGGGCAAUCCACGUUAGAAGAAAAAAUGGCAUUUUACAAUGGCAAGAAUUUGUUGCCAUAGGCUGCACGUUGCAUCCUUUUAUGUUUUAGCUGUGUGCAUUGCUCGUUUCGUUACUUGUUUUAGCAUUUGCAAGUAGCCGUUACUCUUCAAUUAAAUUUAUUUGAAUGUUGUCGUUUUGUACCUAUUUUUUAUUUUAAAAAUUAUAUUGUUAUUCCACAAUUUACUUUCA